AUGCGUAGAGAGUGUGAUCGGCGCGGAGCGUACAGACAAUCGGUAGGCGGAGCGAAGGGUCGGGAGAGAGACAGACUAAGCUUGGCCGCGCCUGCUGCUUUGCCUUCCCCUCUGGCAGAAUCAGUACGUCGGUUUCGUCUCGUUGUUUGCGGCUGCACCCCACGUUUCACAACUACUACUAUCAAAAUGGACGCGAUCAAGAAGAAGAUGCAGGCGAUGAAAAUCGAGAAGGACAAUGCUCUCGAUCGAGCCGAUGCAGCUGAAGAGAAAGUCCGUCAGAUCACCGAGAAAUUGGAACGAGUUGAGGAAGAACUUAGAGACACACAAAAGAAGAUGAUGCAGACUGAGAACGAUCUCGAUAAGGCCCAGGAAGACCUCGCCGCCGCUACCAGCCAACUAGAGGAUAAGGACAAGAAGGUUCAAGAGGCUGAGGCAGAAGUAGCUGCCCUGAAUCGCCGUAUGACUCUUCUUGAAGAGGAACUUGAACGUGCUGAAGAACGUUUGAAGAUCGCUACUGAAAAACUCGAGGAAGCCACCCAAAAUGUUGACGAAUCCGAGCGAGCUCGAAAAUCGUUGGAAAAUCGAGUCGAUGUGGACGAAGAUCGAUGUGCUGAACUCGAAACGAAACUUCGUGAAGCUCAAGCCCUUCUGCAUGAAACUGAAAGCAAGAGUGAAGAGGUUCAUGUUGUUCAUUGUGCACUUCUUCCACCAUGUCCCUUUGCCUGUCUUGUCCUAUUUCCAUGUAGCAAGCGGGAGGUAUGCUACGGCUUUUCUUCUUUCCCAUAUUUGCUUCGUCGUAGUCAUUUCCAAUCUUAUGUACGCAAGGUGAUGGAAAACCGCUCAUUCCAAGAUGAGGAGCGCGCCAACACGAUUGAAGCUCAACUGAAGGAAGCUCAGUUGCUUGCCGAGGAAGCCGACCGAAAAUAUGAUGAGGUCGCCCGUAAGUUGGCCAUGGUUGAAGCUGAUCUCGAGAGAGCCGAAGAACGUGCCGAAGCCGGAGAGAACAAGAUCGUCGAACUCGAAGAAGAGCUCCGUGUCGUCGGUAAUAACCUGAAAUCACUCGAAGUUUCCGAGGAAAAAGCCCUACAACGUGAAGACUCGUACGAAGAGCAGAUCCGUACCAUCUCUGCUCGUCUGAAGGAGGCUGAAACCCGUGCAGAAUUCGCUGAACGUUCCGUACAGAAACUGCAGAAGGAGGUCGACAGACUUGAAGAAGAGAAAGAUGAAGCUGAUCGGAAGAAUCGCCAGCUUCAAGAGGAGCUCGACCAUCUUCUUACGGAACUUAACGGUGUUUGA